AUGGCAGCCUACCGUGGCCAUGUGCCGGAAGUAUCUCUCACCUCGGGUGUAUCGCUCGCGUUCCACGGCAAAUGCGGACAGCCCGACUUGAAAGCACAACAGCAGCGCGAAUCGGUGCUGACAGAGGCCGAUAUACGGAAAAUCAAGGAGCUGCUAUCCGGAGAUACAACGUCGCCUAGGAAAGCGGCAGAUGCAGAGAAACGCCGGCAAGAUCACGCGCAGUCCAUGAAGAGGGUACAAAAAUGGGCUAAUACUGUGCACUCGAAUUUGGCGAAACGCCGACAGUUGAACGCCAAGCGUUUAGCAGACGAAGAGGCUGCCCGCGUGGUGGCUGACGAAGCGGAGGCCGUUCUCAAACACCAACGGCGACUCGAGGUCGUCAGACGCGCCAAAGCGAUGCUUGCAGCAGACAACGAAAGACAGCGCGCACUGAAAACAGCACUGAUGCGGCGCGACUGGCUUGAGGGCCUUCAGGAACAGAAAAAGUGGAAACAACAGCUCGCACAACUCGACGCCGUGCGGGAAGCCCAUUUUGGAGCAGUACUGGCUCACGCCGAGUCUCAAAAAGAAGCCAGAGACACACGCGACCACGAGGAAAAAAACACAAAGAUGAAAGAGCUUCAGGCGGGGCGUCAGCUGCAGUUCAGCGAAGCGCACCAGAGACGAGCUCGAGAGAAGGAAGAGCGCGAAGAAAUGGGCAAACUCAUCCGUGAAAACUGCCGUCGCGACAGAGAGCUCAUUGAGGCUCAAGAAGAACAGAAGCGUCUGAAGCACCGAGAACAGCAGCGAGCGAUGAUGCGGCAACUGGAUGAAGCGAUUCGCCUCGACAGGCAUCGCAGGGAGAGCGAACGACUGGAAGAAGAAGCUGCAAUGUCCCAGGCGGCGGUGUACGAGAAGCGCCAGGCAAUGGUGAAGGAGAGGGAGACACACCUUCGGCAAGAGGAAGCGAAAGCGAGGGAAACUCGCAUUCAAGAUAUGUCCCGGCGCCUCGAAAAAUUACUAGCCGAAGAAGCGCAGCGCCUCACCCGCGACGUGGAAAUUCAGCAAGCGAAAGAGGCCGCGCGAGCCGACGCGGAAAAGCAGAAACGUGAAGAGCAGUACCGCCUAAUGGCUCAGGACCGGGCGGCCCAAGUCGAGCGGAAAAGGGAGCACGCGCAGAGGCAAAGAGAAGCCGACGCAGAUUUGACUCGCAGCCACCUGGAAGCAUCGAAACGUGAAGAAGAGAAGGAGUUGCGAACUGCGGAGGAGCGAAAGCGAGCGAUGCGAGACGUCGCAGAGAUUCAGAAGCAGCAAAUGUUCGAAAAAAAGCAGCAGCGCCUCCAAGAAAGAAACGAAGAAAAGCGAACAUUCAAUGAGGCGUUCAAGGAACUUGUGCAGCAGGAAGAAAGUGUAGAUGCGCUCGCGGCACACUGUGUCGAAAAUGCCAUCCAAGCUGGGCAAAGCCCUGAUCCAAUCGUCGCGACAAUGAACCGAUUCCUGAUCACAUCGGGGGCGCGUCCCAGCCGAAAAGCUUCUCAAAUGAAGUCAAGCAAUAUCUUCAAUCUCCACGUUGGGCCCAGCGAUAGUGAGGAGGAGUCGCUUCGCCGAUGA